GACACAAGCAGAACCUGCAGAUAAACUUUGGCUCUUCAAAGAAAACAGGGAAACGUGACAGCUGCAUGUGAUUAAAGCAGCAGAACAGAGUCUUUCACCAGCCUUACUCAACACUGAAACUGCAGAGCCAGCUGGAGGACUUCUCCAACUGCAGUCUCAGAUAUCAGCAGACUUAUGCAGCAUGCAGCGGCUGAAAAACACAUGCGGUGUUGUGGCUGAAACAUAUGACAGCAGUGACACGAAAUGACAGCUCAGGAACAGAGCUGUCAGGAUCAGUCAGAAGAAGUCGUGGCAGGUGGAGAACUGGAUGGUUAAGGCUUAUGAAAGCAUCGACAAGCAAAGGACACCACAGCCUUUGAUCCACCAAAAUGGCCACGCAGGAACCCAGCGAUAAAUAUAAAGCCGUGUGGCUGAUUUUCUUCAUGCUUGGACUGGGGACAUUACUGCCAUGGAAUUUCUUCAUGACUGCAACAAUGUAUUUUACCAGCCGUCUGGGAGACAACACAACAGCUGAGGCUACUGAAGACAACAGGAGUGUCCUGCAGGCCAAGUUCAACAAUGUGAUGACACUGUGUGCUAUGAUCCCUCUAUUAGUCUUCUCAUAUCUCAACUCCUUCCUGAUACAGAGAAUCUCUCAGAAGCUAAGGAUCAUGGGUAGUUUGGUCGCCAUCCUGCUGGUGUUUUUGGUCACUGCUAUUCUGGUAAAAGUUUCCAUGGAGCCACUGCCCUUUUUUGUGACCACAAUGUUAAAAAUUGUCAUCAUUAACACGUUUGGAGCUGUGCUGCAGGGAAGUCUCUUUGGCAUGGCUGGAACAUUGCCGGCUUCCUACACAACACCGAUCAUGAGUGGGCAGGGACUGGCUGGCACCUUUGCUGCUUUUUCUAUGAUCUGCGCCAUUGCAAGUGGCUCUGCUUUAACAGACAGUGCUUUUGGCUAUUUCAUCACAGCCUGUGCUGUAAUAGGUCUUGCCAUUGUUGCUUACAUCGCUCUUCCCAAACUGGAAUUUUACCAGUACUACGUUGACAAAAUCCAGAGCAGUCCUGCACAAGAUGAAGAGAACAAAAUGGACUUGCUGAAAAAAGAGGAGAACAAGCCAGGAACAAGCUCUGCUGAGGAGGCUAAGAAGAAUCCGUCCAUGGUAGACAUCUUCAAAAAGAUAUGGGUGAUGGCCUUAUCUGUGUGUUUCUGCUUCACCAUCACUAUCGGCACGUUUCCUGCGGUCACUGCAGAUGUUAAAUCCACCAUUGCUAAUGGAGGAGCCUGGGAGAUGUAUUUCAUUCCCGUAUCCUGUUUCCUGCUCUUUAAUCUGUGUGACUGGGCCGGCAGGAGCUUGACCGCUGUGUGUAUGUGGCCGGGGAAGGACAGUAAGCUGUUGCCGGUGCUGCUCCUGGCCCGCGUGGUGUUUGUUCCUCUCUUCAUGCUGUGUAAUGUUCAGCCACGCUACAACAUGCCCGUGUUCUUUGAACAUGACGCCUGGUUCAUCAUCUUCAUGAUCGGCUUCGGAUUCUCUAACGGAUAUCUGGCCAGUCUCUGCAUGUGCUUCGGCCCCAAGAAAGUGGCGAUGAAUGAGGCAGAGACAGCCGGAGCGGUCAUGGCCUUCUUCCUGUCUCUAGGUCUGGCUUUGGGGGCCUCCUUCUCCUUCCUGUUUCGAGGGGUCAUUUAAGGACGGCCAGUUCUCAUCAAGGGAAACACAAACACUCAUCUUUUACUGAAGCGCCUGCAUCUGCGCCGAAACAAACCCGAGUACCUGCAGUGUUUAUACAUCACCUUCCAGAAAAGAGCUCUACUGAUGGGUUUAUGGAUCAGUGGGACUCAAGCAGUGAUACUGAAGAUGGAUUAGCUUGUGGUUCUGUUUCAUUAACACAGAUUAAGCCUAGUCUUGGACUAAACUGCAGUGCUAAAGUAGUUUUCCUAUAGAAAAGCUGUUUAGUCCAGGUUUAGGCUGAAGCUGACAGUAUAUUUCAAAUGAAAAUUAUAUUUUAGGCCAAAAUGAGUCAAUCAUGAGCCAAUAUAGGUUCCAACUAUGACUGGCUUAAUUGGCUGAGUUGUUUUUUUUUUAAACAGUGGCUUGCAAAAGUAUUCAUACCCCUUUAACUUUUUUACAUUUUGUCACCUUACAACCUCAAACUUUUUAAUAAAAUGUUUAUAGAGAUUUUAAGUGAUGGACAACACAAAGUAGCACAUUAUUGUGAAGUGAAAUGCAAUUGAUACAUUGUUUUCUAUUUUUUUUUAUCAAAUAAAAAUCUAAAAAAAAAAGUGUGACGUGCAAAAGUAUUCAGCCCCCUUUACUCUGACCCCCUAAAUAAAAUCCAUUCUGCCUUCAAAAGUCACUGAAUAAAUUAAUAGAGAUAAUCCAGCUGUGUGUAAUUUAGGGUGUACUCACACUAGGCAAUCCGAACCGUGCCCGGGCACGGUUACCUCCCAAAGCACGGUUCGUUUGGCUAGUGUGAUCGCUCCGAACCGCUGAACCGUGCCCGCUUGGAGAGGUGGGCCCGAGCACGGUUCACUUGGGCACGGAUCAAGAUGACGUCAGUGAUGCGACGCUACUGUAAACGGAGGACGUUUUAUACACAAUUCUGCGUAUAAUAUUUUUGAAAAGGGUUCUAAAGAGCACCAUAAUGGUUAGUGUUACCCAUAAUAAAUUAGGACUACUAUCUACAAGUCCUAAACAACAAACACAUUUUAUUAUUACUUGAGUUUUAUGUUUCGCUCCUUUGGUCACUAUUUAUGUAUAUAGCAAGUACGUCUCUUACCUUACAGAUGAACGUGAAUUGUAGUCCGCGAGUAAAGCUGCAAAUUUCUCCCUGGACGUCUGCUGCUUGUGUAAAAACCUUCUUACACGUGCAGCACGAUUAGCAGUAAAUCGCUGUGUUGCACAAUCAAUGAAUCUCUGGUUCAGUUGCGUAUUUGCACGCCCAAAACGACUCCAGAUAAACAAAAACAACAGUACAAUCCUGAACUCCAUUGUUUUGCGCGCGCAUACUGUUCUUCAAAACAAAAGUCACCUGUUGAUGACGAAAGCGUGCUCGGGCACGGAUCGUUUAGCGCAGUGUGAGUGCAGGCCUGCGGGGGAGUGGGGAGGGGGCCGAACCGUGCUCCGGCACGAUUCAACCAAACCGGGCCUAGUGUGAGUACACCCUUAGUCUCAGUUUAAAUACAGCUGUUCUGUAUCGACCUCAGUGGUUUGUUAGAGAACACUCGUGAACAAACAGCAUCAUGAAGACCAAGGAACUCACCAGAGAGGUCAGAGAUAAAGUUGUGGAGAAGUUUAAAGCAGGGUUAGGUUAUAAAAACAUAUCCCAAGCUUUAAGCUUAAUCCAUCAUCCACAAAUAGAGAAAGAAUUCUAUAACGGUCACAACAAACCUACCAAGACAUGGCCAUCCAUCCAAACUGACAGAUCGAGCAAGGAGAGCACUGGUUAGAGAAGCAGCCAAGAGGCCCAUGGUCACUCUGGAGGAGCUGCAGAAAUCCACAGCUCAGGUGGAAGAAUCUGUCAGGCAAGACAGAACAACUAUAAGUCGUGAACUCCACAAAUCUGGCCUUUAUGGAAGAGUGGCAAGAAGAAAGCCACUUCUGAAAGAAAAACACAAGAAGUGCUGUUUGUACAACAAACAUGUGGAAGAAGGUUCUGUGGUCAGAUAAGAGCAAAGUUAAACUUUUUGGCCUAAAUACAAAAAAGUGCUUUGUGUGGAAACAUGGUAGUAAAAUAUAUCGUUCUACUAAGUAUUGAUAUAGGGGGAAUGAAUACCUUUGCACAUCACACUUUUCAGAUUUUUUUUAUUUGUAUUGAAAACCAUGUAUCAUUUUCAUUCCACUUCACACAUGCAAUACUUUGUGUUGGUUUGUCAAUUAAAAUCUCAAUAAAAUACAUUUAAGUUUGUGCUUGUGAGGUUUAAGGGGUAUAAAUACUUUUGCAAGCCACUGUAUUUGAAGCAAACUGCCAGCUAUAGUCGAAAUCUGAAAAAUGGCCCGGAACUGUUUCUGAACAUUCAGAAGGUCAGAAACGUGUUUAUUGGACAAAAAGGACAAAUCAGGGUUUAGAGAUCUACAGUUUGCUCACUGUAAUCCAAAAACCUUGCAUAUCCAACUUUGAAGAAAAAAAAACAUUUCAUUGCAGCAUUUCAAUUGGCUGACUCAUUUUAAAAUCUUGACUCAGUUUAAAGGACAAUUCCCAGAUUCACCUCGUCAUUGUGUGGAACAGCAAAAAUGGAGAUACAAGGUUUUUGUCCACCAGCAACACUAUUUCCUUUACACUGGGCACUCAGGACAUGAUGGUCAAUAAUGCUGCAUCACUCAGAGCAUGAGCUGCAUAGCAGUCAGUCAUAGAAAUAUACAGUUUUUAUAUGUAUUUAACCUUUUCUAAUGCUGAUUUAUCACAGCAUCAGCCUUUAGUUUCUUUACAUGAACAGUGUUGUUCGUACAGCAGCACAGCAUUAUACUAUAAUCAAUAUUAUAUUUAGUGUUUUAGUCUUUAUAGUGUUUUCAGUUCUGAAAAAAUGCACUUUCUAUGAAGGUGUCAUUUAUGUUAUGUAGCAUUCUAGCAUUACAAUCCUUUAAUAACUGAAGUAAAAUGUGAAUAAAUUCGCACAAUUAAAGCAUUCAUACUUAAAGGUCAUAUAAUGCCUUAUGAUAAAGUUUGUAAUAAAAAGAGAAAGAUA